AUGACUAUUGAGUUCUACGAGGACCAGUUAGAAGGGACCAAUAGUGCCGAUAACGUUAUGCGGGUGCUGGCCAGAGAGAUUGAACGAGACGGUGUUCAUGGCGUCAGCACUCGAGAGAGAGAAGAACCAGUCGACGGUUCUUUCGGCUCGAGCUCAGACCUUCAAUGGGGUUGGGGGCGGGUGCGUGGUGGCCUAACGACUUACAACCAUUUCCCCGAAUCGGUGAAGCGGAACUUAUCCGACCUGCUUUUCUCGGAGAAGGGCUUAGGUUUAUCAUCGUACCGGUACAAUCUUGGAGGCGGAGGCCUGGGAGUAAGCACUCCUGCACGUGCCCCAGAGACAUUCUACGUCAGUCAAGGAGUUUAUAACUGGUCUGCUGAUGCACAGGGGUUAUACUUCCUCAAAGCAGCUGCCGAUCGGGGAGUUCCCCAAUUGACUGCCUUCGUCAACAGCGGGCCACGCGAUUUUACCACGAAUGGACAAUCAUGUGGUGGACUUUUCAAGACUGGCACCGAAGCCGGAUAUGGCCAGUAUAUUGCUGACACCCUUGAUCAUAUUAUCAACACUUUGCGCAUUCCUGUCUCAUAUCUCAGUCCCUUCAACGAACCGGAUAAUAGCUUUGGACCUGUUCCCUGUGGCCAGGAAGGCAUGCAAACCAACCCCAACCAACGCGCAGCGAGCAUCGCGCCUAAUAAAGAGACAUGGAUGUCGGAAGUUUGCUGCAGUGUCGGGGCAGCCGACGCAUCAGACAGGAAAUGGAGUGGGGGCUACGAUCCAACAAUCCGUGGAGGCUUACAUUUCGCUACCAUGAUGAUGCAAAGCUUUAUUGUUGUCCAGGAGACUCAUUACGACUUUGGACCCUAUUAUCAAGCAGUACGCAUGAUUGGUUGCUCUCCUCUUGGGAACCCAUCUUGUGUCAAUUCAAUCAAUACAUCUGGUUGGCAGGAUGGGUUGAUCUACUACGAUCCAAAUUACGCUCAAAAUGGGAAUUUUGCUCUCUACCUGACCAAGCACUACUGGACAAUGAAGCAUUUUGGGAAUUUCGUCAAGCCCGGGUUCGUCCGACACGCCGUCGAUGGGAGCAAUACGAGAAUAUUGGCGGUCGAGUCUGACACGCUUUUACACUUCUCGCUAUCAACCCAUACACGACCCAAACAACCAUCCCGGUCUCGUUCCAAGACACCUCGCUUCGCCUCCAAGCGACACACACGUACCGAACAUCGGCAACUGAGGAUUUCGGUCUGUUGGUCUACCAGUGCUCUCCAAUGGGUCGUGGUCGUUGAUUCUAGCUCCGACAUCGCUCACGACCUGGGUGUUCUCCAAGGUUAA